CUCAAAAAAUAUGGCCAUGCCUCAACCAAAUUUAAUAGAAAAUCCUAUAAAACUCAGCAAAUUCAGGAAUAAUAAUAAUAUGAAUAUUCCUCAAAAAAGAAAUUCAAGGUUAUCUUUUUGGGCUUUUGUAUUUUCAAUUUGCAUGUAUAUUUCCAUCUUUUAUAUGUUCAAUCUCUCCCCAUAUACACUUGUUAGCACCACCAACUUUUGGUUCUUCAUUUCCAACACCCUCAUUCUCAUCAUUGCUGCUGAUUUUAAUUUUGGCUCUAAUAAUAUCUCUUCUUAUUCAUCAAGUGAUCAAGAAUAUUCACUUCAAGAAUAUUACAUGAGAAUUUGUCAAGAAAAAAGUAGUUUUAAUAGCACUCCAUCAUUUAAUUAUACUAUUGAGAAAAAGGAAAUUAUUAUUCCUCAUGAAGAAGAAAGCAUAAAAGACAUAGUUCUUGUCGAAAAUAACAAAGAAGAAGACGAAGAAGAAAUUAUCAACAUUAUUGAUCAUAAAAAUGAGAAGAUGGGUGAAGCCAAAUUCUAUCCAAGUAAUUCAGAAUUAAAAGAAAUAAUACCAGUGGAGAAAAAUGAGAAUGAUAUAAAAAGGAUUCAAAGGUCAAAAUCAGAGAGAUAUGAUUUACAAGUAAAUGGAGAUGAAGAAAUUAAUGAUGAAUUUUCAGAUAUGUCAGUGGAGGAAUUGAAUAGAAGAGUGGAGGAGUUUAUUCAACGAUUUAAUAGACAAAUUAGACUUCAAGCUGCUUCAAGAAACUUCCAAACUUAGGAGAAAUCUACAAUUACGUUUAUGUAUAAAAAUAGUACUAUGUUUUUUUUCAAGUUGUUGUUGUCGUCUUGUGUUCCCUUUUAAUUUUUUUCCCCUCCACUUGUGG